AUGCACCAGCCGCCCGAGUCCACCGCGGCCUCGGCCGCUGCAGACAUUAGUGCUAGGAAGAUGGCGCACCCGGCAAUGUUGCCUCGAAGGGGCAGUGGUGGUGGCAGCGCCUCUGCUCUCAGUGCAGCAGGUACCGGCGUUGGUAGUAGUGCCCCAUCUUCCGAGGAUUUUCCGCCUCCGUCGCUGCUCCAGCCGCCACCUCCUGCAGCAUCUUCUCUGUCGGGACCACAGCCUCCGCCUCCACAAAGCCUGAACCUCCUUUCGCAGGCUCAGCUGCAGGCACAGCCUCUUGCGCCAGGCGGAACUCAAAUGAAAAAGAAAAGUGGCUUCCAGAUAACGAGCGUGACCCCGGCUCAGAUCUCCGCUAGCAUCAGCUCUAACAACAGCAUCGCAGAGGACACCGAAAGCUACGAUGAUCUGGAUGAAUCUCACACAGAAGAUCUGUCGUCUUCCGAGAUCCUUGAUGUGUCACUUUCCAGGGCUACCGACUUAGGGGAGCCUGAACGCAGCUCCUCAGAAGAAACUCUCAAUAACUUCCAGGAAGCCGAGACACCUGGGGCAGUCUCUCCCAACCAGCCCCCCCUUCCUCAGCCUCAUUUGCCUCACCUUCCACAACAGAAUGUUGUAAUCAAUGGGAAUGCUCAUCCCCACUCCCUCCAUCACCACCCUCACAUUCAUCAUGGGCACCACCUCCAUCACGGGCACCACCAUCCAUCCCAUGCCAGUGUGGCCAGUACACCCAUUCCGGGAGGGCCGCCCGCAAGCCCAGUAUCCAGAAAACUGUCUACAACUGGAAGCUCUGACACUGUUAUGCCAGUUGCACCAACUUCUGCCGUAUCAUCGAGUGGCUCACCUGCAUCUGUAAUGACUAGUAUCCGUGCUCCGAGUACAAGCGGCAGUAUAGGUGUAAAUUCUGUUACAGGUACUAAUACGAUGAAUAAUGUUAACAUUACGGCUGUGGGCGGUUUUAAUCCUAACGUGACCAGCAGCAUGCUUGCUAAUGCUAAUUUAAGUGUGAGCAACGUUCCCAGUGCUGCCGGUGUGAGCGUUGGGCCUGGAGUGAGCUGCGGUGUUAACGUGACUGUCUUGAGCGGCCUGGGCAACGGUACGAUUUCGUCCUCCGUUCUCAUUAACAGCACUGCCAGUGCAGCUGCAGGGAUGACUGUAGGAUCAGUUUCAAGUCAGCAGCAACAGCCAACAGUUAACACGUCCAGGUUCAGAGUUGUGAAGUUAGAUUCGAGUUCUGAGCCCUUCAAAAAAGGUAGAUGGACUUGCACCGAGUUCUAUGAGAAAGAAAACGCUGCCCCCGCCACCGAAGGGGUGGUGAUAAAUAAAGCAGUGGAAAGCGUAAAACAAAACCCGACAGAAGUGACUUCUGAGAGGGAGAGCACGAGCGGGAGCUCAGUGAGCAGCAGUGUCAGCACGCUGAGCCACUACACGGAGAGUGUGGGAAGCGGAGAGAUGGGGGCCCCAGCUGCCGUGGUGCAGCAGCCGCCCGCUCUUCCAGGUGUCGCCCUCCCGCAGAUGGACUUCAGUAGCGCUGCUCCGGCGGGCAUUUCAGCAGUUAGUAUGCCACAGAGUAUUUCUCAGUCACAGAUCUCGCAAGUGCAGUUGCAGUCUCAAGAACUGAGCUAUCAGCAGAAGCAGGGUCUUCAGCCAGUACCUCUGCAAGCCGCUCUCAGUGCUGCAGCUGGUAUCCAGCCAUCACCUGUGAGCGUGGUGGGUGUAACUUCAGCUCUAGGUCAGCAGCCUUCCGUUUCCAGCCUGGCUCAGCCCCAACUGCCGUAUUCUCAGGCGGCCCCUCCGGCGCAAGCACCUCUGCCAGGCACAUCACCCCAGCAGUUACACUAUGGACAGCAGCCGUCGGUGGCCCCGAGCCAUGGCCCGUCAGUGACUCCGAAUCCUGCUUCCGAGUAUGUUCAGCAGCAGCCGAUUCUGCAAGCGGCAGUGUCCUCUGGACAGCCCACUUCUGCGGGGGUGGGAGCAGGAACCUCGGGGAUUCCUGUGGCUCAGCCACAGGGCAUCCAGCUGCCAGUGCAGCCCGCAGCAGUCCAGGCGCAGCCCGCCGGGGCAGCUGGCCAACCCGCUGGCCAGGCGCAGACGGCAGUAUCUGCUGUACCUCCUGGCAGUCAAAUUGCAAAUAUUGGUCAACAGACAAACCUACCUACGGCAGUGCAGCAGCCCUCUGCCCAAGUCACACCUUCAGUUAUCCCGCAAGGUGCUCCUCCGUCUUCACAGGUAGUUCCACCCGCUCAGGCUGCGAUUCUUCAUCAGGGAGUUCAAGCUAGUGCUUCAAGCCUUCCUCAACAGUUGGUCAUUGCACCCCAGAGUACCUUGUUAACUGUGCCUCCCCAGCCGCAAGGAGUAGAGUCAGUAGCUCCAGGAGUUGUUUCGCAGCAGUUGCCUGCAGUCAGUCCUUUGCCCUCUGCUAGCAGUAUUUCUGUUACGAAUCAGGUUAGUUCAGCUGGGCCUUCUGGAAUGCCUUCUGUCCCAACAAACUUGGUUCCAUCACAGAAUAUAGCACAAGCCCCUGCCACUCAAAAUGGUAAUUUGGUUCAAAGUGUUAGUCAGCCUCCCUUGAUGGCAGCACCUAAUAUAAAUUUGCCUUUGGCGCAGCAGAUACCAAGUUCUACUCAGUUCUCUGCACAAUCAUUAGCUCAGGCAAUUGGAAGCCAAAUUGAAGAUGCCAGGCGCCCAGCGGAACCCUCCUUAGUUGGCUUACCUCAGACUAUCAGUGGUGACAGUGGGGGCAUGUCGGCAGUUUCCGAUGGGAGUAGCAGCAGCCUAGGAGCCUCUGCUUCUCUUUUCCCGUUGAAGGUGCUACCGCUGACGACACCCCUGGUGGAUGGCGAGGAUGAGAGCUCUCUAUUUCAGUGCUUCUCUCCUACCAGAGGUGCAAGGAGUGAUCCUAGAACCACAGAUACAGCCAAGACCACGGAGAGCUUUUGACGUCAGGGGUCCACUUUCUCCACUGAACCCUUGGAGGCAGAAUAUCCAGCUUCUGGAGAGAGUUGGGAAAGGAUAAUAAACAAGUGGGUGCUUUCCAUUAUUUACUUGGGUUUAUUUAUAGAUUGGAGUGUCCUUCCAUUGCCCAUUUAAUCCUACUGUUAAACUCCUUGGGUUCAUAGAAGAACCAAGUGGGGCUGCAAUCUGUUUGUUUUUCUAAGAAUGCUAACUAGUGCCCGUUCAGAAAAGAGACCUAAAAUUUAUUUUAAUUUUCUCUCCAGAUAACUAAAGCAGUGGGUGAUUUGGGGGUACUUGAUUUGGUGAAUGCCUGUGUAGUCCACAGGAAUUUUUAAAAGGAAAUAUUUGCCCAUUUUAGCCUUUACUGGUAUUAGUGUACUAAGUGCUCUUUUAUAUUCCAGUAUUUAAGAAGUUUCUUUAUUUCGUCUUUGGGCAAGCUGGGCAUCUGAAUUCUCCUAAUUUACACAGUCUGAUGUCCAGGUGUUAUCCUACCCUGUUAGUGAGAACUUUUUGGUCUUUUUCCUACCUCGAACUUUAGGACUUCAAAUUAAGUAGAUCUUUAAACAAGAUGCAAUGAUAGUACCAUUACGGUUUUACUGUCAAGUCUAGGCUUCAUUCUUUAAUAAGAUACAUACGAAUGAAUAUGAGUUUCAGGAUAUAACAAGGCAAAAGAGCCUUUUCCUAGAUUUUCCCCAUGGCAUUAAGAUGGUUUUCUCUUAGUUUCUUUGAUGCCAAGGGUAGGAUUUGAUUCCAGGAAGUUCUUAUCACCUACAGUGGGUAGAACGUGAAGUUGGUGCCUUUGGCAGGUUUUCAUUUCUCCUUGGUGGAUCCCUUCUGUGACUCCAGGUAUCUUGAUAAUGGGAGACCGGUUUAUUUGUUCUCUAAUUGCCCAGAUUUCUUUCAACUGGUAAACAUCAUACUUCAGCAAAAGGAACUCUUCUAGCAGAGCCUUCAUGGAUGAUAUCUGUCACACAUGCAGCAGCUGCAGUUUGGAAGGCAGUGGUGAACGGAGCCAUGCAUUAUAUCUAGAAGACACAAGGAUGAGAGAGCCACCUGAUCUUGCCAUUGAUAAACUUUAAGAUUUACUCUGGUGUACUCUUGGUCUGGAAACGGAAAGGCUCAAAUAAUGACGUAAUUUUUUCAGAUUGGAAUUUUACAUGGCCAUGAAAAUAAUUCCUUUUUAUUCAGAAGACUGAAAUAGAGGAAGCAUGAGAGACACCUUUCUUUAAAAAGCAGCUCUCUGUAUCUGUUUCACUUAAAAGAUUUGUGGGAUUGAAAAUCACCUUAAUGAAGCAGGCAGACUUUUUAUUUUUUAGUAGUCUGGGAGAUCCAAAAAUCGUAAUGAAACUGUCUUUUGUUGCCUGACACUGAAAGGAACUAGGAAAUAUAAAGGGUGAACUUCUUAAUUAUUCCCAAAUUACUUUUAAUAUUAGGAUGCACUUUUUUAACUUUUUCUAGUCUUGGGCCUUAUUCUUAUUUGUCAAAUCAACAAAGAUUCCAGCAUAGGAGUAGAGACGUCUUUGAGUUCAGUCUUCUAAAGUAGUAAAUACCUGUUAAACUUGAGGUAUCGUUCUGCAUUGCAGGCGUUCUAAAGUUGAAUGAUAACUGAAAAAAAAGAGGUAUUUUAUAGAGCAAAAGCAAUUAGUAGUAGUAGGAUAAGCCUCUAUGUGUGAGUAAGUGUUGCAAGAUAGUUAUCCAGACUAUCGAUAAAUUGAUGGCGGUAGUGAUCAAAAUGUUUUAUUUCUCUUUUGGUAUCUAUUUAACUGGUCAGUCGAAAGCUGUUAAAGAAGUUUUUAAAAGUUAUGCAAUGCUGCCAGUUUGUUUUAUUUGGUAUAAAUUUUAAGAAUAGAAAUUCUAGAGAUAAUAACAUGGAAGCAUCUAAAUGUCUUAGGGAAUCCUAAAGGUUUUGGAAACCCACAUUUGCUAGACUAUAGCCUGGCCUUUAGUCGUCUCGGCUAUUUGUGAGGCCUGUUUUCCCCUCAUUUAUUAUAAAUAAACUUUUGUAUGUACAGUACUUAAAAGUAAGUUUAAAAGAUCAAUUUGAACUAAAAUUUCCCUAGAGAGCUCUGAAUUCCCAUAAACAAUUACAGCUUUUUACUCUUGAUUUGUUUCUGUUAAAAGUUAGUAAGAUAGUUGUUACAAACACAUAUAAAUUAAAAAACAACUACUCAACAUUUUAGAAAGAACUCAGGGAACUGAAAGUGAGAUUUGCUUGGAAAUUUAGUUGAACUCUUUGAACCACAGUACAAACGAGUUUAUGGCCUGUGAGGUUAUUAGCCUUUUGUUUCAGUUUUGAAGAAGUGAUUUAAACUCUUAAUCCCAUUAAUCUCAUGCUUUGAUUAAAUUUUAGCUUUGUUCCUUAAAGUGUGCAAAAGAAAUGAAGUGCAUUUCUAUUCAUCUCAUGCCACUAAAAGCUAUUUAAAAGUGAAACUUGAUGUAUAUUGAUGUGAACUGAUGUGUUUAAACUUCUAUUUUGAUACAUUUUCCUUUCAGAUUUUUAAAUAUUUCGUGUCACAAUAUGCAAUCCUAUAUUUUUCAGUGUUUAUUUUAUGGAUAUUACUAUAAGCUAAUUUUUUUCUAGAAUGACUAAUUGUGUAAUAUUUGUAUUAUGUGAUCAUUUGAAAAACUAAUAAAUAUUUUCUCCAUAAAAAAAUGCACUUACUGAUA